CACAAGAAGAAGCACCCAGGAGCCAAAGUAAUAUUACCAGAGGUUUCCAAAAUGGGCUCAAAAAAAUGGAAGUCCAUGUCACCUGAGGAGAAGGCAAAGUUUGAAGAGAUGGCCAAGAAUGACAAGCUCCGGUAUGACCAGGAGAUGAAGUCCUAUGUACCACCUGCAGGUGCCGAGAAGGGCAAGAAGAAGAAGAAGGACCCCAACGCGCCCAAAGGGCCACCUUCUGUUUUCUUCAUCUUCACCUCUGAACACCGUGAAAAGAUCAAGGCAGAUAACCCGGGGAUCUCCAACCCUGACAUCUCCAAGAAGUUUAGUGAGAUGUGGAAAAAGAUGAGUACCACAGACAAGGGCCCCUAUGAGGCCAAGUACGCCGAACUGAAGGAAAAAUAUGAGAUGGAAGUUGCUGCCUACAGACCCAAAGGCGACUCCUGGAAGAGUGGCCUAGGCAGGCCCGCCGCCAAGAAGGCGGAACCAGCUGACGACGACGACGAUGAGGAUGAAGAUGAGGAGGAUGAAGACAAGGAGGAUGAAGAUAAUGAAGACGGGGAUGAAAAUGAUAUUGACGGGAAGAUGACUAAGUUGUUUCUGUGUUUGAGGAUGUGA